AUGAAUAUCUUGCCCAAGAAGAGCUGGCACGUCCGGAACAAAGACAAUGUCGCCCGUGUGCGGCGUGACGAGGCUCAGGCCCGGGAGGAGGAGAAAGAGCGUGAGCGGAGAGUGCUGCUCGCUCAGCAGGAGGCCCGCACAGAAUUCCUACGGAAGAAAGCCAGGCGUCAGAACUCACUACCUGAGCUGGAAGCAGCAGAGGCAGGAGCCCCGACUCCCGGCCCUGUGGACCUAUUCCGGGAGCUGCUAGAGGAAGGGAAAGGGGUGACCAGAGGCAACAAAGAGUACGAGGAAGAAAAGCGACAGGAGAAAGAGAGGCAGGAGAAAGCUCUGGGGAUCCUCACAUACCUGGGCCAGAGUGCUGCGGAAGCCCAGACUCAACCGCCUUGGUACCAGCUCCCCCCAGGGCGGGGGGCGCCCCCACCUGGCCCAGGUCCAGAUGAAAAGAUCAAGCAGCGCCUGGACCCCCUGCGGGAGAUGCAGAAGCACUUGAAGAAGAAGAGGCGGCACAGUGGUGAUGGUGGUCACAGCAGAAAGGGAAAGGAGGGGCCGGACAAGCAGCGGCCGGAAGCGUAA